CCGCCAAUGGGCGCGGGUGCUGCCGGUGACGACGCGGCCCCGCCCCUCCCGGCGCUCGGUUUCUGUUUCGCUCCGGGGCCCGCGGCCGCCGCCGCCGCGAUGGAGCCGCAGCCCGACAGCCUGGAGGGGUGGGUGGCCGUGCGCGACACCGCCUUCGCUGAGCCUCAGCCGCCGCCGCGGCUCCGCUUCCUCGUGGGGUGGAACGGCGCGGAGGGCGCGUUCGCGGUGACCUGCCACGGGCGGGCGGAGGCGGCGGAGCAGGCCCCGCAGAGCUGGGCCGGGCUCUUCUCGGCGCCGGCCCUGCGCGGCGUCCACCGGCAGCUGUCGGCCGUGUGCCCGCGCCUGGAGCCCGCCUUCCCCGAGCUGCCGCCCGCGCUGCCCGGCGCGGCCUCCGGCGGGCUCUGGGCCGUGCUGUUCCCCGGCGGCGCCGCGCCGGAUGAGGCCGAGCUGCAGGAGCUGUGCCGGGCGCUGGAGCUGUACCUGGGCUGGGCCCUGGAGCUCUGCGGCGGCCGCGUGGUGCUGGACGCGCUCUUCGCCGCCGACCGCUGCUGCGACGACGAGUACUUCGAGAGCCUCCACGAGCUCCGCGGGAAGGCCCUGCGCGGCCACCUGGCCCGGGCCAAGGAGGCCCUGCGGCGGGUUCUGCAGCAGCAUAAAAGUGCUGACACAAUGGUGGCUUUGAUGAAGGUUUAUGAAGAAGAAGAUGAAGCUUAUCAGGAUUUGGUCACCAUGGCAACACAAUUCUACCAGUAUUUACUGCAGCCCUUCAGAGAUAUGCGAGAGCUGGCGACACUGUACAAACUGGAAAUCCUGAAAUCUUUGCAGUAUGAUAAUUUGGGGCCUAGAAGAGUAGCAGCUUUGCAGAAGGAUGCUGAUGAAUGGACUAAGCGAGCUGAGACUGCUGUGUGCUCCAUUCAGGAUAUCACAGUGAACUACUUCAAGGAAACUGUAAAGGCUCUGGCAGCAAUGCACAAACAGAUGGAGCAAGAUGAGGAGAGAUUUGGUAAAACCACCUGGGCAUCAGCUUUGCCACGACUAGAAAACCUGAAAUACAUGUUAGCAAAAGAAACCCUUCAGCAUCUGAGGGCAAGAGAGUUGUGCCUGAAGCAGAAGAGAACUGGCAUUCAGAAACUUAUGGAGAAUCUUGGUGAACAAGAAGAGAAUUUAAGUGUAGUGGAGGAGCUGGAAAUACAGUAUUAUGAAACACAGCUGGAAUUAUAUAAUGUACAGCUUGAAGUAUUGAAACAUGAAGAGAUGCUGCUUAUUGUACAGCUGGACACUAUAAAGAGACAGAUUAAAGAGAAACAGGAUGAAGUUGUUUACUAUGAUACAUGUGAAAAUCCUGAGGAGCUCAAGGUCAUUGAACAGACCAUGGGACAACAUUACGCUAACUUGUCAGCAAUGACGAUGCUGAGGCAGAAGACUAAGCAGUUGGAGACAAAGCGUGGGACUGUCUGUGCGAGGAGAGCCUACCUCAGGAACAAAAAAGAUCAGUGUGAAGCGAGCCACCGGCAGAGACUGCAACAGGCAGAAGAGAGCAGAAAGCGCUUCCAGCAGCAUCACAGCAUUCAGAUAAAGAGAGACAAACAAAAAGAGGAGGAGAAAAAGAAAAAAGCUUGGAUAAGCCAGGAACGUCAGAAAACGCUGGAGAGGCUGAAAGUAUUCAGGGAGAAGUGUCCAGCUCAUGUUGUUCUGAAAACAUCUCGUCCCCAGCCUCACAGUCCCAAGUUGCCACGAGGCAUCCCUCAGCAGGCUGUGGUGCUGUCCCCUCCACCUGCAUCGAGCACAGGGGCAGCCCCAGCAGUUCUGUCCCCUGCACCCUCAUCGAGAGUAAGGACAGCUCUCGAGCAGCCACAGAGCAUUCUGCUUGUAGAAGAUAAGGAACCAAAAGCUUCAUGUCAGAAUACCCCCCCAGCAGACAUCCCUGUCCAGAUUUUUGUUACUGAUGGUGACACAGAGGAACAAAAGCACAGUGAGGAAUUGAUGGUGUCUCCAUGCUCAGCACCCCCUCCUCCACCCCCUCCUCCACCACCUCCUCCCUUGCCCCCUCCACCCCCACCUCCCACCCUACCUCUCCAGUUAAAACCAUCAGCAACAGAGGAUAAACCACUUCCCCUCAGCUCUGAUAGCUCCUCAGAAAGCCCUGCACUGCACAAUCAGGAUGACUCAUCCAGGAGGUCCAUAAAUAAUUGCAUAGGUUCCAUGGAUGAAGUUUUGGCUUCUCUGAAGCGCAGUGAAGUUCACCUUCGCAAAGUGGAGCAGCCAAAUCCGUACGCCUCUGUGAAGGACAACAUCCUCUCUGCCAUAAGGCAAGGGGUUAAACUAAGGAAAGUGAAUCGAGAUACUGAGAGAGAUGUCAGCAGAGGAUCUCCUAAUGAGCUAGAGAGAAGCAUUAAGGCAGCCAUGCAGAGAAUUAAGAAAGUGUCUGCUGAUUCUGAAGAAGAGGAGGACAAUGAUCAGAAUAAUGGAGAAUGGGACAGCUAAGCACCCUAACAGACCUACUGACUGGAACAGAGUGUGUGCCUCAUUUUGCACAUUGUAGAAGACUGUCCCUGUCAAAAUGAAAGAACUGUGUGAUUGUG